CGCGUCGACCCCUCGGUCAUGUUCGCCACGCCCUGCCUAUUCCUCCCCCCUCCCCCCCCUCAAGUUGCCUGGCCUUUUUUUUCCCCUCUUGCCGUUGCCCUGUCUUCCCUGACAUCAUGGUGUCCACCUUCUACCUGGUGUGCCUGAGUUGCGUCGGCGUUGUCCUCAGCGCCGUGGCCGUGUACCGCAUGCGGCUGAACGCUCGGAUGAAGAGCGCCGCCGAGCGGUCCCUGCCCAAGGACCAGCUGGUCCCCUACACCGUGGAGAGCCUGAGCAAGUUCGACGGUGUCCAGACCCCGGGCAAGAUCUACCUCGGCAUUGCCGGCUACGUGUUCGACGUGUCCGAACGCCCGGGCUUCUACGGCCCGGGCGGCAGCUACAGUGUCUAUGCCGGCCGCGAUGCCUCGCGCGCGCUCGCCUGCAGCACCAUCACCGUGGAGGACUGCAACCAGAAGAUCAGCGGCCUCACCGAGAAGCAGUACGACACCCUGCGGAGCUGGCUGUCCUUCUUCCAGAAGCGCUACCCGAACAUCGGCAAGAUGGUCGACGCCAGUGGUGUGUGCUAUUGGGACCUGCGGGACUUCGCCCUGCCCGAGGCGUCGGGCUCGGGGCCCGCGCCCACGGGCGACACCAUGCCUAUUGGUCUGGCUGGCGAGUCCAGCAAGGACAAGUGAGCGCGUCGCCCCGCUCGCCCAUCGAUGUGGGCCUGGCCCCUGCCCUUGCGCCCCUUUCGCGCGCGCUCUCUCCCUCUCUUCCCCCUGUACUGGCCUCGCCCGCGUCCUUGUCUCCCUCCCCUCGGGCAACCACACAGCACAGGAUGCCGCCCUACCGGACGCGUCCGCAUGCGGCCCCCCUCCUCUUGCAAACAAACAUGUGUCUUUCCUCUUCCCAUAUGCGACCCUGCCUCUUGGGGCCACACAUGCGCCCUUGUCAGUUUUCCCAGAUGGACGCGUCCCUCCCUCUUGCUGGGGCGUGUGGCACAUACACGCACACACGCAC